UCUUGAAAGAGUCAAUCAAUGUUAGGGUAUCACUGGUAGUACUACUUUUAUACUAAAACACGGCAAAUAUACGGCGUUUCUCGCAACUAUUAAACGACUUCACGUCCCUUUCCACUCACUUCGGAUCUUUACGAAAAAAACAACUAUCACUCUUCACACCCUUCACGCCAUCAACCUUUACUUUCUUCUUCACGUUCCGCUCGCCAUCAUGACCAAUGCCAUUUCCAACCGCUUCUUCGCCUCCCUCUCCACUCCCCCGAACCGCCUCCUCGUCCCUCCGCUCUCACAUUUUCGCCGCUUCCACCGGCCGCAUCUCUACAGCAAACCACCGCUGCACGAACGCGCUUCUCGCUCGGUGACGCGCUUUUCCUCCGUCUCCUCCUCUUCUUAUUCUGGCAAGCCGAGGUUCGUGGGAUGGUAUCUGCGCAUGCUCGAAACUUAUCCUCUCAUCACCAAGAGCGUAACCUCGUCACUUGUGUUCGCCGCGUCUGACAUCACUUCUCAGAUCAUUACACUACCCAGUUUUUGUGCUUCAUAUGAUCUUAUAAGGACACUGCGUAUGGCAAUAUAUGGACUGCUAAUCUUGGGGCCAACACAGCACACGUGGUUUGGUUUUCUAUCUAAAAUUUUCCCGAAGACAGAUUUGGCAUCAACCUUGAAGAAAAUCUUAAUGGGGCAACUUCUAUUAGGUCCUAUCAUCAAUGCUGUCUUCUUCUCCUAUAAUGGUGCUUGCCAAGGUGAAGGUGUAACUCAAAUUAUGGCCAGGUUGAAGCGAGAUCUACUUCCUACAUUGUUAAGUGGUGCUCUGUAUUGGCCUGUAUGUGAUUUUGUGACCUUGAGAUACCUUCCAGUUCGUUUGCAGCCACUGCUGAAUAGCACCUUCACAUAUGUAUGGACAAUAUUUUUAACGUACAUGGCAAACAGAGGGUGAGGCAUGUGCUUGGUUUGUACAUACGCACAUAAAGGAUUUUCAAGCAAUUUUCCGUUGCUUAGCAAAUCUGACCAGAUAUAAGAAUCUUGG